CUUGAACAAUCAACUUUUCAAUUCCUAAGUUCACGGCAGUUUCGAAAGAGUCACUUCUACCCCCGCCUUAUGAGAUAAAUUCACACGAAGUCCUGCUGGGAACUUCGACACAGUGUGGUCGCUCUACUGGAGCUGCAGGGGCUUUCCUAUCCUCGACGUUGAAUCUCCGCUCCUACACAAUACCCAAGAUGUUGGCUCUGCGAUCUACGGCGGGUGCCGUCGCCAGAAGGGCGCGAACAGCUGCCAAUCGACUCCCCUCAGCUUCCACACGAAGUCUGCCAAAGGCUGCAACUUCUUCAGCUCUUACAAGCAGGCGAGAAUACUCUGCUCCUGCAGCAAACUUCUCCACUCGGUCGACGGUUGUGCAAUUGCUGAGCAACAUUGGCUCCAAAAGGGAGGUCCAGCAAUACCUAUCCCACUUCAGCUCCGUGUCUUCUCAGCAAUUCGCGGUCAUUAAGGUUGGAGGAGCUAUUAUCACCGAACAUCUCGAAUCCCUCACGUCUGCCCUCGCCUUCCUUAACCACGUUGGUCUGUACCCAGUGGUGGUACACGGUGCUGGACCACAAUUGAACAAGCUCUUGGAGGAUGCUGGAGUGGAGCCCCAAUUCGAGGAGGGUAUUCGUGUCACAGAUGGCAAGACCUUGGCAGUAGCAAGAAAGCUCUUCUUGGAGGAGAACCUGAAGCUUGUAGAGAAAUUGGAGGAGAUGGGAGUUCGAGCACGACCGAUCACAUCUGGUGUUUUUGGAGCAGACUAUCUGGACAAGGAGAAAUACAACCUGGUUGGCAAGAUUAAUAAGGUCAACAAGGGACCAAUCGAGGCAGCUAUCAAUGCAGGAUGUCUGCCAAUCUUGACUUCAAUGGCAGAAACACCAGAGGGUCAGGUACUCAACGUUAACGCCGAUGUCGCUGCUGGGGAGUUGGCUCGGGAACUCCAACCCUUGAAGAUCGUAUACUUGUCAGAGAAGGGUGGUCUUUUCAAUGCCGAUACCAACGAGAAGAUCUCUGCUAUCAACUUGGACGAAGAAUACGAACACUUAAUGUCGCAAUGGUGGUGCCGAUAUGGAACAAGAUUAAAGAUCAAGGAGACCAAGCAAUUGUUAGACGGCCUUCCACGAACAUCGAGCGUAGCCAUCAUCCACCCGGCUGAUCUGCAAAAGGAGUUGUUCACAGACACUGGUGCAGGAACUCUCAUUCGACGAGGCAACAAGCUUGCCACCGCCUCCGCCAUCUCACAAUUUGAGGAUCUUGAGAAGCUUAAGGACGUUCUUGUUAGGGACCGUGAGGGUCUUGACGCCAGAGCUACAGUGGACAGAUAUGUUGAUGGUUUGAAGAACCGAGACUUCAAAGCUUACUUCGACGAGCCCAUGGAUGCUUUAGCUAUUGUCCUGCCACCAACCUCCGAGACUCACCUCGCUAACCUGGCUACCUUCACAAUUACCAAGUCUGGAUGGUUGACUAAUGUUGCGGACAACGUUUUCGCUGCGAUCAAGAAGGAUCACCCAAAGCUUGUCUGGACUGUCAAGGAAGAUGAUGAAAAUCUCACUUGGUUCUUUGACAAAGCUGAUGGCAGUCUUUCCAAGGAUGGCGAGGUCAUGUUCUGGUAUGGAAUCGAGAAUGGCGAUGAAGUCAAGGAGCUUAUGACUGAAUUCACCAAAUACGGCCGUGCUAUGCUUGGAGAUGCUAACCUGGAGGAGAGACUUCAUAGAGCUGCGAGAGCGGCCUCUGGAAUGAGCGCUUCUAUGAAGCAACCACAGAAGCAACAAGCUCGAGCUUUCUCUACCAAUGCACGACGACCACUUUCUAAGACGACCCGAAACUUCAAUCGAUCGUUUGCUACCUCAUCACGUGGCUAUGCUACCACCACAAAUCCUAACCCUCCUUUCGGUGCCAAGAAUUCCUCAAAUACUCAGCCAGCUAAGGUUGCCCUGAUUGGCGCUCGUGGAUAUACUGGACAAGCCCUGAUCAACCUUCUGAACGCUCACCCCAACAUGGACCUUCGCCACGUCUCUUCCCGAGAGCUCGCCGGCCAAAAAUUGAAAGGUUAUGAGAAGCGGGAUAUCACUUACGAGAAUCUCUCUGCUGAAGAUGUCCGUCGAAUGGAAGAGUCGGGCGAGAUUGACUGUUGGGUCAUGGCCCUUCCAAACGGUGUCUGCAAGCCGUUCGUUGAGGCUAUCAACGAAGGCAAAGGCCCUCAAAAUAGCGUCAUCGUUGACUUGUCUGCCGACUACCGAUUCGAUAACAAAUGGACUUACGGUCUACCAGAGCUUGUCAACAGAUCCGACAUUGCCAAGGCAACUCGAAUCUCCAACCCAGGGUGUUAUGCUACAGCAGCACAGCUUGGUAUUGCCCCAUUAGUACCGUUCCUUAGCGGUGAACCCACUGUAUUUGGUGUUUCUGGAUACUCUGGAGCUGGUACCAAGCCUAGCCCAAAGAACGAUGUUGACAAUCUGAAGAACAACAUCAUCCCAUACAGUUUGACUGACCACAUUCACGAGCGUGAAAUUAGCAACCAAUUGGGCGUCUCAGUCGCUUUCAUUCCCCACGUUGCAAUGUGGUUCCAGGGUAUCCACCACACCAUCAGUUUGCCCUUGAAGGAGACCAUGACAAGCAGAGAUGUCCGACAAUUAUACCAGGAGAGAUACGCAGGAGAGAAGCUUGUCAAGGUUAUUGGCGAGGCACCAAGCGUGAAGGCUAUCAGCGGAAAGCACGGUGUUGAGAUUGGUGGGUUCGCGGUGCACAGCUCAGGAAAGAGAGUUGUGGUUUGCGCGACGAUUGAUAAUUUGUUGAAGGGAGCUGCAACACAAUGCUUGCAAAACAUGAACCUUGCUCUCGGAUUUGCUGAGUAUGAGGGCAUUCCUCUUGAUUAGAGCGUUGAUUCUUGGGUUUAAGGUUUUUAAAAGUCGUUAAGAUGUGCAACCAUCAAAGGGAUACCGGCAUAGCUAAACAGCUUCUGUAUAUAUUGCCAAAAGGUGGUAGAUCCUGCACAUACCAAAUAAAGGUCUGAUUUUUUUUUUCUUCUUCGAAAUCCUACUGGUACGUACGGUUACUGUGACACCGAGGCGAAGGGUACUUAUGUUCUCCUCCAAUCGUUAAGCCCUACCUUUAGGUUAGCAUCUG